AAGAGCUUAUUAUGUAAAAGCUUACAAGGGGAUUGAAAACACUAGCACCGAUUAUCCGACCAUACACAAGUGUGGAUUUAAAUGUGGGAAAGGAUAAGAAAAGAAAAGAAGACGAAGUGUGGGAGGUAGUACAAACUAUUAUCCAAGCAUGUCAACCAUUCCUUAAACAAAAUCGGUCAUUUUUAAUUUGAGGCCGUGUUAUGGAGUUGCAGAUAAGAAUGUUAUGGGUUUCGUAAUUAUGAUGUGUUCCUAAAGAGCCUACACGCAUAUUAGUAAUCAAAUCAAAUUAGCGAAAAUAUUGUUAAUAGACAUGUGCUAAUCGAUUUGAAAUUCUAAGAAGAACGAUAAUCACCAAGGUCUAAAAAGUAUUACUAGCGCGAUAAGACAGGAAUCUUUCGAUGCCAUGUUUAUAAGACAGGAUCUUUGAGGGUAUUUCAAUAUCGUUUUCCACAAUCGUAGCACCGGCAACAAAGUCAUCCAGAACAGUUGGGGUCAAUAUUCACUACAUCUAGGAUAAAACACAUAGCCAGAUCUAGAAUAAACGCUUGUGUGGAUGUUGCUCAUUUGAAGCCUCGAGCUGAAACAGGCGCUACACGCUUGCCGACCUUAAGAUUUAAAACCCUCUAGAAUUCUUCAAUAUUCAUCAGUCUACGUAAUCCUCAGCACAUCCAACAUCGCAACACGGUGCUUGUGACAUCUUAAGUUGACAUCACCGUCAAGAGCAGUGGGUAUAACGUCAAGACUUUAAAUGAACAUCAAUUUCAAUUCUCUGGCAUUAAUGUAUUUGACAUCUGAUGUCAAGCUCUUGCUAAACUUCGUAGGCUCACACAUUAGAGUGUGAAGUGGCUCCCAAGAAGCGUCAUCAAUAGGUUAAGCCAUAAUUUCUUUGCUACCAUCAUUUGCACCUUCUAGUUGGCUAACACACAAGGUUGAGUAAAAAAAUAAUCAUGAACAAUUCGACGUUCGAUGUGGACAACAAACAGAUUACAGCAGAAAACUACGCCAGAGYCACCAUUUUCAUCGCUGUUUUUCUGCUUGGAUCCAUUGGGAACAUUUUUGUGCUUUUAAUUGUAAAACGAAAACGCCGCCGAAGAUUCAACGAUAUAUUCAUUGUGAAUUUGGCAAUCAGCGAUCUAGGACUAAUACUAUUCUGUAUCCCCGCAUUUACGUACAAGGAACUUACUGGCUUUAAGGGAUCCAUGUUCUACUGCAAAGGGAUAUGGCCCAUGAUUACAAUUUCAUUAUGUUCCAGUGUUUUUACGAUCACUGUGAUGGCAAUUUACAGGUGUCGGGUUAUUCUACAUCCAUUCGAACCUCCCUUACAGAAACGUAAAGUUUUUCCAAUGAUUGGUGGGAUUUGGUUUUUAUCUAUUGCGCUGGCCUUCCCAAUGUUUUUAUUGGCAACGUACUCAGAUGGUGCCCAAGAUUGCAUCGAACUAUGGCCAUCGGACAUUCACAGACGUAUAUACACGUCCACCCUCAUGAUCCUUCAAUACUUUCUUCCACUGUUGAUCAUAGCAGUAGCCUACGUACUUAUCGUUAUAGACUUGACAAAAUCAAAGACACAGCCGCCGUCGCUCAAGUCGGGCAGAAAAGCCAUUUGCCGCGCAAGACGUGAAGAAAACAUUCGAGUCAUCAAAAUACUGGCAACUAUUGUUGUAGUAUUUGCGCUGUGUAUGCUUCCUGGCCAUAUCGCAUGGAUGCUGUUACAUUUUGGCGGGAAAAAGGAACUCGCYGUUUCAGAAGAUAUCUUCGAAUUCUCGGACGUUCUAGCUAUCAUCCAUAGCUCUUUGAAUCCUGUAAUCUACGGGACGCUCACUAAACGAUUUCGCCAAGGUUACAUGAAGUAUCUGUCGUAUCUGUUCUGCUGCCGCUUUUACGGGCUGACAACGACAACAACGCGGUCACUAAAGGGAAACAGAACGUCAGAAAUGAGGACAUUUGGUUCCGAAAAGCAAAGCAUGGACGAUGGCGCAGACUACGAAGACCAAGAAAACCAAAAGUAACAUUGCGUUAAAAAGGACAGGAGUCUUAAUUUUAUGAACUUUACUGUUGUCAAUUCAGUCUUUUUGACGAGUUUUCAGAUGAAAAUGGUCGCGUUGCUUGCCUUUUCGCUGUAAGGCUACGUUCAGGCGGAAAUUAAGCCCAGCUCAUUCGGCAUGUUCUUGGCGCUAACUAGGCUUUGAAACUGUAAAUUAAAAUAAUAAUAAAUCAAAAAGGAAUUAAAGUUAA